AUGUUCAAACAAAACUCAGAUUUAAUUAUACAAAGUAAAUGUGGUGUAAAGAAACCUUAUAAAUAUAGUGAAUGUGGGAAAACCUUCAGAGACUACACUACUCUCACUCAACAUCAAACAAGUCAUACUGGAGAACGACCCUUUAAAUGUAAUGAAUGUGAAAAGAGAUUUAACCAGAGUUCCCAUUUAACAAACCAUGAGAAAACUCAUACUGGAGAAAAGCCCUACAAAUGCAAUGAAUGUAGGAAGGGCUUCAGUUAUUGCUCAGUCCUUAUUCAACAUCAGAGAAUUCAUAGUGGGGAAAGACCUUACAAGUGUACUGAAUGUGGCAAGACAUUCAGUCGUAGUACAUAACUCACUCAGCAUCAAAGAAUUCAUACUAGUGAUAAACCAUAUAAAUGUUUUGAAUGUGGAAAGGCUUUUAGCCAGAGCACACAUCUUACUCUACAACAAAGAAUUCAUACUGGAGAGAAACCUUAUGAAUGCAACGAAUGUGGUAAAACUUUUAGUCAGAGUGCACAUCUUACUCAACAUCAAAGAAUUCAUAUAGGAGAAAAGCCCUAUGAAUGUAACGAAUGUGGGAAAGCCUUCAGUGAUCACUCAGCUCUUACCCUACAUCAUAUUGUCCAUACUGGAGAGAAACUUUUUGAAUGUAAUGACUGUGGGAAAGCUUUCAGUUACUGUUCAGACCUCAUUCAACAUCAGAGAAUGCACACUGGAGAGAAACCAUACAAAUGCAAUGAAUGUGGGAAUGCCUUUAAUGAUUGUUCAGCCCUUAUUCAGCAUCAAAGGACUCACACUGGAGAGAAGUCUUAUGAGUGCAAUGAAUGUGGGAAAACCCUUGGUAACUACUCAGCUCUUAUUUGACAUCAAAGAACUCAUACUGGAGAGAAGCCAUAUGAAUGUAAGGAACGUGGGAAAGCCUUCAGCAGAAGUAUGUACCUUACUCAACAUCAGAGAAGUCAUAGAGGAGAGAAACCAUAUAAAUGUAAUGAAUGUGGGAAAACUUUUAUCCAGAGUUCAUUCCUUACACAACUGAGGGUUCAUACUGGAGAAAAACCUUACAAAUGUAAUGAAUGUGGGAAAGCUUUUAGUGACCACUCAGGGCAUAUUCAGCAUCAGAGAACCCACACUGGAGAGAAGUGCUAUGAGUGUAACAAUUGUAGGAAAGCUUUCAGUUUCUGUUCAGCCCUUAUUCAGCACAAGAGAAUUCAUACUGGAGAGAAGCCCUUUAAAUGCAAUGACUGUGGAAAAGCCUUCAGUGAUUGGUCAGCACUUAUUCAAUAUCAGAGAACUCACACUGGAGAGAAACCUUAUAAAUGUAAUGUAUGUGGAAAAGCCUUCAGUCAGAGUACAAACCUCACAAAUCACCAGAAAACUCAUACCAUUGAAAAAUCUUAUAAAUGCAAUGAAUGUGGAAAAGCUGUUAGUUACUGUUCAGGCCUUAUUCAACAUCAGAUCAUUCAUACUGAAGUGAAACCUUAUGAAUGCAAUAAAUGUGGCAAAGCCUUCAGCCAGAAGACAGACCUUAAAAAACAUCAGAAAACUCAUACUAAAGAAAAACUCUACAAAUGUAAUGAAUGUGGGAAAGCCUUUAGCCGAACACAUAUCUUACAAAACACCAGAAAAUUCAUAGUGGAGAGAAGACAGAUAUACAUACUGAGUGUAGGAAAACCUUUAGACAAAACUCUUCUUUUGUUCAACAUGAAAAGCUUCACACUGGACAGAAAUCCUCUGAAUGCCUUGGGAACUUGGCUAGUAUGGAGACCUUCCCCAGGGAAACAGAAAGAAGAUCCUGAAAACUGUCAACUUCAGGACUUCCCUGGUGGUGCAGUGGUUAAGAAUCCACCCGCCAAUGCAGGGGACACAGGUUCAAUCCCUGGUCCAGGAAUUACUUCUGUGUGGAGUGAAGUUCUUAUUCGGCACCUAGCAGUGCAGUUUCUGGAAGGUAGCACGCAGAGGCAGCCGCGAACAGGAGCCUUGGUGUGCAGAGGCUUCCAAAAGCCCUAUUCCGAGACCAACUCCGAAAACAAAAAUCCUGUUUUCAGACACAGGAAUUCCUGUGCCCUGUCGAAACGGAUCCAAACGUUAUCCAAUCGGAAAUGGAAUUCUGAAAAUCUGCCUCCCUUGCAGGCAAAGAAAAACCUCUUGAGAUUUUUGACAGUUUCUUCUCAAGCGAGGGUUUCCUCAAGGCUUUGCCCCGCCGGCUUCUCCUCGGUUCCCCCUGCAGCUCCUCCUGUGAGCCCAGACAAGCUUCUGAAGAAGCGGGUUCAGAGACUGAAUAUUUGGCGGAUUGGAAACGGGCAGACUUGGAGGCGCUACUGGAACCCUGUGGUUCUCAUGGGGACCGAAAAGAGGCCAAGUAAAAGGAGUGAGCUGAGCUAG